GGAAAUACAUCAUUGAUGGUUUAUUUCAGAAACCGUGGUGAACCGUGGAGAACGCAGAGUUAAUUAUAAUAGAGUUAACUGUAAAUAUUGCACAUUUAAGAAUUGUUUAACUAUUAUCCUCGACACCACUUUCUUCGUGUGUCGUGUCAGUUACUACUGCUAGUUUAUUUGCAUACCAGGUUCGCCGGUUGGUGUGGUAAAAUGGAGGAUGCAUUUAGGCCAUCGACGGAUCUCGAUGAUCCCCCAAAUAGUCGCUUGUUUCUAGUAACAAGUAAGUCCAUCACCGAGGACAUCAUCCGGGAGCAGUUUGCUAGGUUUGGAGAAAUUCAGGAUGUUUGGGUAGUAAAAGAUAAGCAGACAAAGGAGUCAAAAGGAGUAUCCUUUGUGAAAUUUGCGAAAUCGUCAGAAGCAUGUACCGCCAUGGAAGAAAUGCAUGGAAAAUGCUUGGUGGAUGGGACCAAACCAAUCAAGGUAUUCAUUGCCCAGGCGAGGUCCUCUGGAAGCCACCGAGAUGUGGAGGAUGAGGAGCUCACCAGAAUUUUUGUAAUGAUUCCCAAAACCUUUACAGAGGAUGACUUGAAAGAUACAUUCAAGGUAUAUGGUGACAUUGAAUAUUGCAUUGUGGUAAAGAAUAAAAGUACAGGAGAAAGUAAGGGCCUGGGAUAUGUGAGAUUUCACAAACCCUCACAAGCAGCCACAGCCAUAGAAAAUUGUGAAAAGACAUAUAGGGCCAUUCUUGCAGAGCCACGGAACAAAACGCCAGCCCCAGAAAAUGAUUACUUCAACACUGCCAGAGCAGACCAUGUCAUGGGUGACCCAGGAAUGAGUUCUUGUCCAUUUGCAGACUCUGGUAAUUACACCAGAGGAGACUUGCGGGGCACAGAUAUCAUCACCAGAUGCCUAAUGGUGUCAUCACGGGCAAGCAUCACACAAGAACAAGUAUAUAGCCUGUUUGACCUCAUCCCUGGAAUGGAUUAUUGUGAGAUGCACCAGGAUUCAUAUGGUUUCAGCACAGGAAACACUGUGAUUCGUUACAACAACCUUGGUUCAGCGGUCUAUGCGAAAACCAAACUGGACGGCUUUGAGUACCCACCUGGCAACCGUCUGGUAGUAGCGCACAUUGACGAUGGCGAGGACAGGAGGAGCCCACUGGGGAGGAUGGCCAUGCAGCUGGUGGCAGCCCAGAUGAUGUCAAUAGUGUGCAAUCCUGCUGCAGUGCAACUUCGAAAGACUAGCACCGGCUAUCCUUCGCCUGCAGUUCCCCAGUUGCCCAGGGUACAGACAAAUGUUGCCCUCCCACCUCUCCAGAAAUUGGCUCCCUCAGACAGCCGGGUGAAGGAACGUCUUUUUGUGGUUUUCAAACCCUCACCUCUGCCCGUGGAUGUGCUUGAAGAUGUGUUCUGUCGUUUUGGCUCUCUGAUCGAGGUUUUCCUAGUGCCUGGGAGGAAUGUGGGCUACAUGAAGUACGCAGAGCGGAAGAGUGCAGACGAUGCCAUGGCGAGCCUGCACGGUCAGACAAUCAAUGGCGUGAAGAUGAAGGUGAUGCUGGCUGAUCCACCCAAAGAGGAGUCUCACAAGCGUCAACGCACCUAUUAAGGACACCGGAUGAGAGAUGACCUAAGUGACAUGACCUCCAACAUGACUGAACCGACAUAAACGAUGACACGACCAAAUUACGACCACACUACGGACAGUGACCUCUGUACCUUACUAUGGUAUUGCUUUCUAUUAACGCCGAAAGUUAUGAAUAUUGUGAUUUCAUGGUGUCUUCUAUUCUCGUUAAUUUUGUUUUUUAAGGGUGUUUAGAGUUUAUCAGUAUUGUUACUAAUACUGUAUGUGCUUUGAAUAAAAAAAAAAACACAAAUAAAGAAUACAUUACUCUGUUGUGUAAA